CGGCGCGCCGGGGUGCAGCGCACCCGCCGCGGAGCAGGGGAGCCGCGCCUUCCCCCAGCCCUCCGCUCCAACCCCGGGCGCCCGCCGCCUCCCCAGCUGCGCUGAGCCCUCGGCUCGGGGGCGGGCACCGGUGAUGCCGAGCGGAGCCUCCAGUCCUCCGACCCGCUGAAGAAGCAGUAGCCGCUUGCUCGGGGCCGACGGGGACUGUGCGACCGGAUCGUGCUUGGAGGAGGCUUGGGUUGCGGAGCGCGGGGACUCCGGGGGGAGGGGGGAGGGACCGCUCUAUCCGUGCCCCGGCGCCAGCCACCGCUUUGAAGGGUCUCCCUGCCCGGCCCUUUAGCAGCUCCGCCACGGACUCCGGGAGGCUUCCGGCGGCGUCCUGGGGCUCCCCACCCGAUCCGAUCGGACUUAAGAAGGUGAUCGCUCUGCUCUCCCUCCCUCUUCCCGCCUCCUUUCCCCCACUUAACUUUUUGUCUCCACUCGUCCGCAGCUCCGUCCCCUCUCCGCAAACCCGCCCGCGGCUGUGCCAAGCCCCCGGGGCAUGGGCCCCCCAACACGGCUCCUGGAGGCCCCGCGGCGCCGCAAGAUGUGAGAGGCCCGCGUGGGGCAGAGCCAGAGCUUCGGGAGAGGAGCAGAUAGCCCCCAGCCUCCACAGGCCAGGCGAGGUGGCGGUGCGCGCUGCGCCCCCGCCGUGCUGAGCGUCCCGGAGCGUCCAACCCAGGGCCGGAACGAGUAGCUGGCCGGAGGCGCGCCGCGGAGAGCAGGCUGUCAUGCCCUAUUGAUCCCCCCGCCCCCCGCCAAGUAUGUUUGGGCUGGACCAAUUCGAGCCCCAGAUCAACAGCAGGAACGCUGGCCAGGGCGAGAGGAACUUUAACGAGGCCGGACUAAGCAUGAACGCCCACUUUAAGGCCCCGGCUUUCCACGCGGGGGGACCCCCUGGUCCGGUGGACCCUGCCAUGAGCGCGCUAGGCGAGCCCCCGAUCUUGGGCAUGAACAUGGAGCCUUACGGCUUCCACGCGCGCGGCCACUCGGAGUUGCACGCGGGGGGGCUGCAGGCGCAGCCAGUACACGGAUUCUUUGGAGGCCAGCAGCCGCACCACGGCCACCCAGGAGGCCAUCACCCCCACCAGCAUCACUCCCACUUCGGGGGCAACUUCGGCGGCCCGGACCCAGGGGCCUCAUGCCUGCACGGGGGUCGCUUGCUCGGCUACGGCGGCGCCGGCGGCGGCCUGGGCAGCCAGCCGCCCUUCGCCGAGGGUUACGAUCACAUGGCAGAGAGCCAGGGGCCUGAGAGCUUCGGCCCGCAGCGACCCGGGAACCUUCCGGACUUCCACAGUUCGGGCGCCUCGGGCCACGCCGUGCCUGCCCCAUGCUUGCCGCUGGACCAGAGCCCUAACCGAGCCGCCUCCUUCCACGGCCUACCCGCCUCCAGCGGCUCCGAUUCCCACAGUCUGGAGCCCCGGAGGGUGGCGAACCAAGGAGCCGUCGACUCGCUGGAAUACAAUUACCCGGGCGACGCGCCCUCAGGACAUUUCGACAUGUUUUCGCCCUCCGAUGCCGAGGGGCAGCUGCCUCAUUAUGCGGCUGGUCGCCAGGUUCCCGGGGGCUCUUUCCCGGGUGCCUCGUCCAUGCCCAGAGCUGCAGGCAUGGUGGGCUUGUCCAAAAUGCACGCCCAGCAACAGCAGCAGCAGCAGCAGCAGCAGCAGCAGCAGCACGGCGUGUUCUUCGAGAGGUUCGGCGGGGCCCGCAAGAUGCCCGUGGGUCUGGAGCCUGGAGUGGGCUCCAGGCACCCGUUAAUGCAGCCUCCUCAGCAGGCCCCGCCGCCCCCUCAGCAGCAGCCCCCGCAGCAGCCCCCGCAGCCGCAGGCGCAGCCGCCGCCGCCUGGGCUUCUGGUCCGACAAAAUUCGUGCCCGCCUGCGCUCCCGCGGCCCCAGCAGGGCGAGGCGGGCACGCCCAGCGGCGGCCUGCAGGACGGGGGCCCCAUGCUGCCCAGCCAACACGCGCAGUUCGAGUACCCCAUCCACCGGCUGGAGAACCGGAGCAUGCACCCUUAUUCCGAGCCUGUGUUUAACAUGCAGCACCCCCCUCCGCAGCAGGCGCCCAACCAGCGCCUGCAGCAUUUCGACGCACCCCCCUACAUGAAUGUGGCCAAGAGGCCGCGCUUUGACUUCCCGGGCAGCGCGGGCGUGGACCGCUGCGCUUCGUGGAACGGCAGCAUGCAUAACGGCGCUCUGGACAACCACCUCUCGCCCUCCGCCUAUUCGGGCCUACCCGGCGAGUUCACGCCGCCUGUGCCCGACAGCUUCCCCUCGGGGCCACCCCUGCAGCAUCCGGCCCCGGACCACCAGUCCCUGCAGCAGCAGCAGCAGCAGCAGCAGCAGCAGCAGCAGCAGCAGCAGCAACAGCAGCAGCAGCAGCAGCGCCAAAACGCGGCCCUCAUGAUUAAGCAGAUGGCGUCGCGGAAUCAGCAGCAGCGGCUGCGCCAGCCCAGUCUGGCCCAGCUAGGCCACCCCGGGGACGUGGGCCAGGGCAGCUUGGUGCACGGCGGCCCGGUGGGCGGCUUGGCCCAGCCGAACUUUGAGCGUGAAAGCGGCGCCGCGGGCGCGGGGCGACUGGGCACCUUCGAGCAGCAGGCGCCGCACUUGGCGCAGGAGAGCGCGUGGUUCCCAGGGCCGCAUCCACCGCCAGGUGACCUGCUGCCCCGCAGGAUGGGCGGCUCGGGCCUGCCCGCUGACUGCGGCCCUCACGACCCCGGGCUGGCACCGCCCCCUCCGCCGGGCGGCUCAGGGGUGCUCUUCCGGGGCCCUCUGCAGGAGCCGCUGAGGAUGCCCGGAGAGGGCCACGUGCCCGCGCUGCCCUCCCCUGGCCUGCAGUUCGGGGGCAGCCUGGCCAGCCUGGGCCAACUGCAGUCGCCCGGGGCUGGGGUGGGGCUGCCCAGCGCUCCCUCCGAGCGCCGGCCCCCGCCGCCGGAUUUCACCGCGCCCGCGCUCGCGGGCCAGCCUGGUUUCCCGUUCGGCACGGCAAAUCGGCAGGCCACGCCGCACAGCGGCCCAGGCGUGAACUCGCCCCCGAGCACGGGUGGGGGCGGCGGCAGCACGGGCGGCGGCGGCGGCGGCGGCGGGGGCGCCUACCCGCCGCAGCCUGAUUUCCAACCGAGCCAGCGGGCCUCGGCCAGUAAGCUGGGCGCGCUCUCACUCGGCUCCUUCAACAAGCCCAGCUCCAAGGACAACCUGUUCGGCCAGAGCUGCCUGGCUGCGCUCUCCACCGCCUGCCAGAACAUGAUUGCCAGCCUCGGGGCCCCCAACCUCAACGUGACCUUCAACAAGAAGAACCCGCCCGAGGGCAAGAGGAAAUUGAGCCAGAACGAGACCGAAGGUGCGACUGUGGCCGGCAACCCAGGCUCGGAUUACUUCCCCGGAGGGACUGCUCCUGGGGCCCCAGGGCCCGGAGGCCCGUCGGGGACCAGCAGCAGCUCCAAAGCCUCGGGGCCGCCCAACCCGCCCGCCCAGGGGGACGGCACCAGCCUCUCCCCAAACUACACCCUGGAAUCAACGACGGGGAACGACGGCAAGCCGGUCCCCGGGGGCGGCGGCCGGGGACGGGGUCGCAGAAAAAGGGACAGUGGUCACGUGAGCCCCGGGACCUUCUUCGACAAGUACUCGGCAGCGCCGGACAGCGGGGGCGCGCCUGGGGUGAGCCCAGGGCAGCAGCAGGCGCCAGGCGCAGCCGUCGGGGGAAGCUCCACUGGCGAUGCGCGCGGGGCGCCGACGCCUCAUGAGAAAGCGCUCACAUCGCCAUCGUGGGGGAAGGGGGCCGAGUUGCUCCUGGGGGACCAGCCAGACCUCAUGGCGUCCCUGGACGGCGGGGCCAAGUCGGACGGUAGCUCCCCGCACGUGGGCGAGUUCGCCUCGGACGAAGUCAGCACGAGCUACCCGAACGAGGACGAGGUGUCUUCCAGCUCCGACAACCCCCCGGCCCUGGCCAAAGCGAGUAGGAGCCCUCUGGUGACAGGCUCGCCCAAACUCCCUCCCCGUGGGGUGGUCGCCGGGGAACACGGACCGAAGGCAACCCCGCUUGGCCUGGGCAUCUUGUCUACCUCUACCUCGACCCCUGACAGCUAUGGCGGCGGCGGCGGCGCGGGCCAUCCGGGCACGCCGGGCCUGGAGCAGGUCCGGACCCCGACCAGCAGCAGCGGUGCACCGCCACCCGACGAGAUCCACCCCCUGGAGAUCCUCCAGGCACAGAUCCAGCUGCAGAGGCAGCAGUUCAGCAUCUCUGAGGACCAGCCCCUGGGGCUCAAGGGUGGCAAGAAGGGGGAGUGUGCCGUCGGGGCCUCUGGCGCGCAGAAUGGCGACAGCGAGCUGGGCAGCUGCUGCUCUGAGGCCGUCAAGAGCGCCAUGAGCACGAUCGACCUGGACUCGCUGAUGGCAGAGCACAGCGCCACCUGGUACAUGCCUGCUGACAAGGCCUUGGUGGACAGCUCGGACGACGACAAGACGCUGGCGCCCUGGGAGAAGACCAAACCCCAGAACCCCAACAGCAAAGAAGCCCACGACCUCCCCGCAAACAAGGCCUCGGCAACCCAGUCUGGCAGCCAUUUGCAGUGCCUGUCUGUCCACUGCACGGACGACGUGGGCGACGCCAAGGCCCGAGCCUCCGUGCCCACCUGGCGCUCCCUGCACUCCGACAUUUCCAACAGAUUCGGGACUUUCGUGGCCGCCCUAACUUGAAUUGACAAGAAAUGCCCCUCCCCCACCAGGCCCUUCCCUCCCCCCUCUCUCCCCCCCUCCUCCGACCCCCACCCCCCUGUUAAUUUGCAAGGGCCACUAUUGCUGAGUGGAUGAUUUUUUUCCUAGGUUGGUACCUGCUUAGUGGCAUAUGGACCGGAAAGGGUUAAUUUAAAGGGGAAAAAAAAAAAACCUCAAAAAAUUUUUUUAAAAAAGAAACUCGUCUGCCACGGUAUGUUACCAGUGUUAACCCCUUCUGCAGUUAGCAAACUUUUGCUUAAGCCUUUUUCCUGCUAGAUAAUUCCCCAUUUUUCGGUAAUCUUGGCAUACAUUUUUUAGAUGACCUCUUUCCUUGUUUAAUUUUCAUGCUGCUGUGUGCCCAAGUAUUGUUAUUUCAUAAUAAGACAAGAAUUGCUUUCCUUUUUUAUUCUCUUUUAUUCUUGUUCCUUUUCUCCCCUCCUCCCCACCCCUGCUUUUUUUUUUUUUUUUUUCCCCUUUUGCUUUGUUCACUGCUUAUUAAAAUGGAAAUCCUGGAGAAUAGUAGUUCUGGAAUAUUGCCGGGUGAAAGUCGAAUUGUCAUCACAAUAUUAUAUAUUGACACCCAACUGUCAUCAGGCAGGCAGGAGCCAAACAAUUAAUGCCCCCCUUAGGUAUUCUGCCGGGGAUUUUGUUUUGUCUGUUCCCUAAGAAAACAGAGAUAUAUAUUUGGGCUCCUGCAAACACACGCUCAGCCUUGGGCUCCGUUCUCGCUUCUGCGGGAAGCUGCCGCUCUCUGCAACGGAGGUGAUGACGUGUCCAGCCCGCUCUGUGGGAAGGAGCCGGAAUGUUCCACAGUGCUGUUUUCUCUCCUUUUCUGGGCCUCUGCGCAGACGCCUGGGCUCUGAAUUUUCACGCCGUGCUAAGCAGCCCUGGUCCGCCUGGGGGACGGUGCCUCUGCCCAGCUUGCUGGGUGUCUGGGGGCUCCAGGCUUUGGCCGUGCAGCAACCAGGCCGGCUGGGUCUUGGGUGCUGGAGUUGGGGAGGAGCAGUUCUCAGCUCUCGGCCUUUCUGGACAGCUCUUCCCAGCCAGGCGUCCCCGGGGAAGGAGGAGGGCACUGGCUCUCCUCCACCUCUUCCAUUUGGUCCCCGCUCUCCAUCUAUUUUCCCGCCUCAACCUGGGCCGCCCCCCCAUCCCUGGGAGGGACGAGGCUUUUGCCAGCAUUUUUGGGGGCGUCUUUCAGCGAAGGAGCCUCCAGGCCCAGCCUGCCAAGCCAGCCUUCUCUGAGCCUGGGUGUAUUUCUUUGCAGGGGUUUGCAGGCUCCUGAGGGCUAGAGGAGGGCGAAAGGGGAUAUAACUAAUGACUUUGAUUCCUGAGCCUUUUUCUUAACUCCGGAAUUUUUUUCCCCUUUGGAUUUCAUCUCACCUUGUUGCAGAACUAGAGCCACAUCCCGCGCGUCUCACGGAGGAAUGACUUUGAGCAGAGAGGAGGGGGCGGCUGGGCGAGCAGGGCAGUGGAGAGCGGGGCUCCUGGACUAGCCUCUUACCUGGUUCUCCCAAGCUUCUGUUACUGAUCGUGUCUUACCAAAUGUUCCGUUUUGAGCCUCUCACCCUCUCCCCGACCCCAGGUCCCCAGAGUUUGCAGUCCUGGCUUUUUUUAGCAGUGACCUGAGGGCUUUGGGCUCACCCCACAACACCCACCUUGUUUAUUUCAAAGAACUUUUCAGCAAAUGGAGAAGAGCGUCCAGAAAACUCCCCCCCUUUCCCCUCCCUCCUCCUUUUCUUUCCUUCGGCCGGCCCUUUGGGCUCGGGUCCGAGUCUGGACCGUCCGAGGUUCCUGCCUGGGCCGUCUGACCGGGAGCCGACCCCGGCAGGCACAAGCAGGUGGUGUGAAUUUAUCAGCGGGGAGGUGUGAGCCGACUCACUUCCUGUGUUCUGCCACCAGAGGAAAGAAAAGGGGGGGAGUGUUCCCCCUGCCCCAGGCUGCAAGAGAAACAGCCGAGUCUGAGCGAAACCUCGUGCCCCCUCUGCAUCUGCAGUGUACAGCUGUUUGAGAGCUUCAUCAUUUCAUUUUUGAAACAGGAAUAAUUUCUCCUUAAUUGCUUAAGGCCGGGGAGCCAAAAGCAUCUUGACUUCUGUCUUUGACCUUCCCUGCGUCGAGUCCAUCAACACUCGGCCAUCAGCUCAUGGUCCCAGCCACCUCGGAAACCCCUGAAGUUUGAAAAUUUCUCGCUCCCCACGACCCCAGAAUGGAACAACUUUACAAAUAGCCUUAAGCAAAAGGAUGUUAUUUCAUUAAAUUGGGUUGAAUGGAAGGAAUAGAAGCAAAUUAAAAACACAGCCAAUCCGCGGAGACUCCAAACACUGGUAAUCGGUACUACAGAGCAAACUCUUCGGGAAAGAAAACGAAAAUGUUCUUGCACAUGUAAAAUAUGAAAACUUAACUCUGCUGUGUGUUAGGCAAUCCUGUAAUCUUUUUUGACUCUUAAAACAAAUUCAUUUCUGAAAUGCUUGGUUGGAAGACUGUGACAAUAGCUCAUGAAAUUGAGUGUUAUUUUUUUCUUUCUUUUUUAAAAAAAAAUAUGUAAAGUGCAGUCUUCUGUAUUCAUGCAUAUUGUAUAUACCUGUAUAUGUUUUCCUGAGCAGCUAAAUAACAAUAAAUAU